UUCUCUUCUCUUCUUUCUGUAGCUAUGGAAAGGCAGCCAGAAACGAUUUUUCUCACACUUCUGUUCAUGGGAUUGGCAUCCGCAGAUCUUCUUCAGAAUCCAGAUUUUGAAUUCCCACCGGCAAACUUGACGGGAAAUAAUCUCACCUCCUCGUUUAUGCUAUUGGGCCAAAACAAUACGGUUCCGGGAUGGACAUUUGACGGCACAGUACAGUAUGUAACGGCUACUCAAAACAUAUCACUGCCAGGGAAUGGACAUGCCAUACAAUUGUGUGAAGAUGGCAAUAUCAACCAGACUUUCAUCGCCAAUGGGGGUAUUACGGACUAUUUGCUUACCUUCACCGUCGCCCCGGGUGGUCAGAACUGUUCAUACAAUGCCGAUGUAGUGGUUUCAGUGCCAGAUAGUACAAGGUUCUUCUCUUGGAAGCAGCAUUAUGGGAAGGAAAAGUGGGAGAGCUAUGGUCACUAUUUGGGUAGUUGGGGCGAGGGAGAGCCUGUUGAUCUUGUGUUUCAAAGCCAAACAGCAGAAUCGGAUCCCAAUUCCACGUGUUGGCCUGUAAUUGACUCACUUCUUCUUAAGAGAGUUGGAGCUCUUCCUGAUGCCAAUGAUAACCUAUUGCCAAAUGGAGGAUUUGAAACUGGCCCUGAUUUCCUGAGUAACUCUACUGAGGGAAUUCUACUUGACGAAUAUCGAAGUGCAGUUCAAUCUCCAAUACAACAAUGGUCUGUGUUAGGAACUGUGAAAUACAUAGACUCCAGACACUUCUUUGUCCCACAAGGCAAUGCUGCAAUAGAGAUUGUCUCAGGAGCUUCAGCUGGCAUACAAACAGGAGUAAUGCUUACAGAAGGCUCUAAGUAUAACUUGGAGUUCGCAUUGGGAGAUGCUAAUGACACUUGUGUGGGAGAUUUCAUAGUUGGGGUUCAAACAGGAUCAACUUCCCAGAAUUUCUCGUUAGCAAGCAAUGGCACUGGCUCAGCCAAGAAAUUCUCUGUGACAUUCAAGGCAAAUCCAAGUGCAACUCAAAUCAGUUUUCUCAGCUAUACAACAAUCCAGACAAGAGAUGGUGUGUACUGUGGUCCUGUGGUUGAUGAUGUUGUUUUGCGUGCUUCUUAUGGGCUGAAACUAGAAAUGCAGUUGAAGGUUCUGAUUUCUUUAUAUAUACUACUAGGAGCCAUUCUAUAAAUCCAUUGGGGAUGAUGUCAAGAACUUGUUUACUUUACAAGCUUAGUAGCUUGAUCAUUUGAGGAGAUUUGUAUUGGGCAUGUUAGUCUUUUGUUGCA